CAUUCUACAGGCCCGAUAAUGUUCGGAAUCGAGAAACCCGUGGCUCUCUGAAGUCCCCUUUCCCCUUUCCACGAAGAACCAACCCUAAUUUAUCAAAAUGGAUCUUCGAUCCCCUUUCUCUUCCUCUUCUCUGUUUACUACGUUACACGAAUCUUUAUGGCGAUGGAGGCUUGCCGCAGAAAAACUUGCCGUCGCCGGCUCAACCUCCGUCUGAGAGCCAGAGAACCGCGGCGGAGGAACCAAGGACCUCAGCGACAACAAUUGGAGCCUAGAGCACGUCGCCCGCGCUUUCUGUGAACACCGCUAUGAUAAACCUGAGAAGAAGUCGAAGCCGGUGCCAUUAUCACACGACCGUAGUCAUACUGAGCUGUGGUAUCUGCACGGAUUCUCAGAGAAUGAAGGAUCGGCCUAUACGAUGAAACAACUAAUUUUGCUAUAAACCACUGCAUCAUCAUCCAGUUUAAGAUACGUUUUGUUUAUUAGCUUUGGUGGUUGAUAAAUGGAGAUUUGAAAGCGGUUUCUAAAUUAGUUGAGCUACCUAUUUUAUCUGUUCUUGAGUUAAGUUGUGGACUUUUUCAUCUCUGAAUUUUCAACAUCCUUGAGCUGGUUAGGUUUAGCUUCUUUUUCUUUAAAGUUUAGGACUUCUUCCAUCUUUUGAUCUUCAUCUUUUCGUAGGUCUUUCAAUUCGGUGGCCUGGAAUUCUAACGGGAAAAGCUUGCUUCUGGCUCUGUUGAUCAAAUGGGUCAUAUUUGGUAAAUGAAACCUCACGCUUAGAUUUUUGUUUACAGAUCCAGAUCACGGGUCUCAUUCCUCUCUUUGAAUUCACUGUUAACGACAUCUCAAGCAAAUCGACAACCUUAGAUAAGAAGAUAUGGGUUUACAUGUUCAUCACUGCUGCAUGUAGGAGCUGGAUCAUUCAUUCUCCAAUAAAUUCUGGCUCAGUCAAGACAUUUCUUGCAGGCGCUCUUUUGAUAUUUGUAAAGAGAACAUUUUUACCAAAUGGAUGUAUAUUGCAAGCAAUUUAUCAUUGAGCAUAAUGAUAGUAAUUGCCACUCGAUUUCCCAUUCAGGUAACAAUACUCUUUUAAAAUAAUUGUCACAUAAUGAUUGUUUGCAGGAAUAGCCAUUACAAAAGAAGCUUUGGGAUUUUGGACGGUGAAGUUGUUUCGAAAGAUGGGGUGUGGAUGCUAUUGUUUCCCAAUUAGUGAAAUGGGUGAUGCAUGCUAUGCUGCCACAUAGCACAAUGGAUACUCCUUUGGCUAUGGGAGCUUUCGUUUCAGCAAGAUUUCUUAAGUUUCUUCUUAGCACAACGGUUCACAAUAGGAAAAGCUUUGUGGUUCAAAGUAAGAGACUGGUCUUUGCGGGUUAGGGACGUCCAGUGCAUGGAUGAGCUGAUUUUCUUAGUCCUGGAAGUGGACUGCAGAACAGUGUCUCCACGUCUCCUUACGGACUUUGGUUUCCCUUGCUCCAAAGGUGGUCCACAGACCAUCCAAAACCUAACAAAACAAUUCCAUCCAAGCUUAACCGAAGAGUAGCUUAGAUGCUUGGCGAACCAGCAAUGUAUUUCUUUUCUCAUAGUUGUAACAUGGUAGAGGAAUAGAUGAAGUAUGUGCGCGCGCACACGUUGGUGGAAGAAGAAACCAUUCACACGUGAGAAGAUUAAAAAAAAAGAAGGAAAAGGCCUCAAAUUUUUCUUCCUUGAAAAAAGGUUCAACACCCAACCAAUCAAGACCCGAGAAACAACAUGGUCCUUUAAUGGCAGCCAUGAACUCGAGUGUUCUCACCUGUAGCUACGUAAUCUCUGGCGCUGGCUCAGAAGAGCUGAACCAGAAAGUGUGUUUAGUGAAUUCAUCAGUUGGGUUUGGUUAGAAGAACAUACAGUUCCCGGUAUCAAAGCUGUCCUAAGAGUUGGUGGUGAUGUGGUUAAUGGAAGAAGAUCCGCCAUGGUUAUCUUAGCUGCUACACUUUUCUCCUCUACUUAUGGAUCUGCUUCCGCUAAUGCUGGCGUCAUUGAUGAUUUCUACGAAAGAUCAAAGCCAACAAAAGUAAAGUCUUGAAACGUUAUGAAUCAUGUUGACAUCUCUUAAAAAACCUUUUUAUAAUGCAAAGUAAUCUAUUUCUGAUGAUAGGAACUGAAUGAUAAGAAAACUUUAGCAACAAGUGGAGCAAACUUUGUUAGAGAAUCCACUUUGAUUAUAUGUUUAUUUUUCCUUAACACUCUAAUUAUAUGUUUGUUUUCAAAUAAUAGAUAUCUCUCUCUAUAUACAAGAGUUACUUGAAAUUUGCUUUUGUAAAAAAAUUAACAAUAUUGACGACACAAUACAAAUCCAAAUUAUCAAAAAAAAUGUUAUCGAUAUAAACCCCCAAAUUUGUAAAAAAAAAAUUAUCCAGACUCCCAAACUAUUAAAUUCUUUAUAAAAAGUUUACAACUUUCAAAGCCUCCAAAAUUUAGGGAUAAGUUUUUGAAGGACAUUAACACUUAUCCAAUAACAACUCUCCCCUUUAAACAAAUGAAAACGAUAUGAAUUGAAAUACCUAAAAUAUUGUUUUGUUAGAUCAAGAUAAGUGUUAAAUUAUAACUAAAAAAUAUUAACAAAUGUUCCACACGAAAUGCAGGAAAAUAAAUUAUCAAAAUAGAUAAUAGAUACAAAUGUAUAAUUGCAAUAUUAAAAAUUUGAAAUACGUAUAAUUGUAAUUUUUGGUAUUACAAUUUAAAGAUAACUUACAAUUUAAAUAAACUAUACAUUUUAAAAUAUUUUUAAAAAAUAUGAUACAUUAUGUACUUUUUUUAGUUACUAACCCGCCCUACGGGCGGGUCAAAUCCUAGUAUUGAAUAAUUUAUGUGUCGAGUUCAUCGUCAAACGAUGUUAUUAAAUUAAACGGUUGACAAAAAUUCAAAAAAAAAAACAUACAAUAACGGUUAAAUCUUUUUUAAGCCCAUUAUGGGCCCAAUAGAGAUAAAAAAAAAGUUAAUUUUAGGUAGAAACAAAGAACCAAAUUUGAAAUUUGAAGAGAGAGAGAGUGUGGUGACACUAGAAGCCAAAUAUUCCCUCUGCUUCUUCCACAAAUUCAAAAAUCACACACACUUACAGAUCGAUCCUCCUUCCCUGCAACUACAACCUUCCUCCUCGAGCCUCCCUACCCAGAAAAAAAUGGCAGCUCGAUACAACUCUUACGAUUCUAGAUCAUCCGUAUCUUCCUCAAUCCAAUCAGAUCCAUCUUCCUCCGCCGAAUUCAAAUCCAGCAAGGCCAUCGUCAGAUCCAAACCUUCCUACUUAACCAAAACAGCUAAACACGAUACUAAUCCUGGGAACCUCACUUGUAUGAUGAAGAAGCUCAUGGACAUGAAGAAAUCUAAUCCCAAGGGCAAAAGGGUCGAGCUUGUGAUUCCCCAUGAACUCAAGAAGCUCGAUACUGUUCGAGGAGGAGGGAAGGGUGCAUUGGGAACGCUGCAGAGGAAGCUGUUCGGGAAGGAAAAGGUGAAGGCUUUGACAGAGGUUAAAGGGAACACGAGGACUCUCUCUAUGGUUCUGAGAAGCGAGAGGGAGCUCCUGAGCAUGAACAAGGACCAGGAGAUUGAAAUCUCUGAGCUUAAGUUUCAGCUUGAAGAGAAGAACCGAGAAGUGGAGAAGUUGAAGGAUCUCUGUCUGAAGCAAAGGGAGGAGAUAAAGUCGCUGAAAAGCGCGCUUCUGUUUCCAGAUGGGAUGAACAGCGAAAUGCAGGAGCUGAAUGAGGCGAGGCAGAUCAUCCCUAACCUUCAGAAGCAGGUUCUUUCACUCAAUGGACAGCUCCAAUGCAUUGCUCAAGACCUUGCCGAGGUGAAGGCGAACAAGUACAUAUCAGAAAGCUGUUACUGGCAAGCACAGACUUCUUCCUAUGAUUCACUGGAAUUCAGCUCAGGCAGCCCUGAUAGAUUGGCUCUGGAAGAUCUGAAUCCGUGCUUAACCCCUUAUGCCAAGAUAAAGCCCAAGGAGUUUGCGAGGGUGGAUUCAGCAGAAGAGAGCUUAUCGGGGAGAAGUACUGUAACAAAUACAGGAGGUAAAGGCAAAUCUAGUUCAAAAAGUGUGAAGAUGUCAAGGAGCUCAGAGGGAAAGGCAGGACAUAGAUCAGAAGAGAGCACAGGAUGGCAUAGAGGUGGGAGAAUGUUUUAAGGUAAAACAAAAAUGCUUCAACAUGUAAGCUUGCACCUUCUUCUUUUUCCACUUUGGUAUAUGUGUAUGUCUCUUGCUCUCAUUCUCAGAGAGUAGUAUGAUUUUGGUAGAAUCAUGUGGAGACAUGAUCCGAGACUGAGUUGAACAAGUUAAAAAAGUGUUAUGUAAAAUAGAUGACUUUUUAUAAUAAGAUAAGGUAUUAUAGAUGAAGAGAGAUCAGAUUUGUUUAAUUUGCAUUCUAUUCUUCUCAAUUUGAUGACCACAUGAUGAAAUCAUCAUUAGUUUUGCUGUUAAUAUACAAUCGACGUAUUAUAACAGAGAUCAUCAAAGACAUCAGACAGAACAAUAUCUAUACAAGUUUUAUAAAGAAAAAAAAAGUCCUACUGUUUUACCAAUAAUCGUUAUUUUUUAUACAGCUAACAGUGACAUUUACCUAAGUAACAACUACUCCAGUACGAGUAUACAAUUUUACAUAACUUAAGUAUGAGGAUUAGAUAAAAGGAAUAUUGUUAAUUUGCCAGGUUCUGGUCAAAUGUUGAUCCCAUGCUUAUCGUUAGAACAUAGAUAUUUUUAAAGAAGAACGGUAUUCCAUCCAUGAUUCAUAGUUAUUACGUCUCGUGCUCCUACGUAAGCGUUUCUUGUUUGAACAACGUCAGCCUUUCUUUUCUCUGUGGGUGAUUACAGUUUCACAGAAGUUACCUUUCUGCCAAUAAUUUUACAUUUGUUUUUUCUUUUGGCUUUAGUCUUUCUUUAUAGGACCAAAAAGAGGGAUUGGCAAAGUGAAUAAAUAAAGUAGUCCUGUUCUUCUGUCCAUCCAUGAGUUAUGAUAAUUAUAAUACUUGUAAAACGGAGUUGCAAUAUUACUUCAAACUAUAGUUGAAUACGAUAGAGAGAGGAGGCAACUGAUAUUGUAAGUUAUUUUUAAUGGAACAUUAUUGUAUGCAAAACCCCAAGCUGUUUAGUUUUUUUUUUGGUAAUCAAGCUGUUCAGACUUUGUCGGAAGAAAUUGCUGUGUCCUAAUAUACGACGAGACAGAGUGGAAUAGGAGAUCGCAUCUCAAGAAAAAUGGAACGACAAUUCAUACUUUUCUAUCACAUCCCUCUUCUUCUUUUUUUUACCUUUCUAUCGCUUCUGAAAAUGCGAGAAAGAAAAAAGAAAACGUGUUAAUUUAAGGAUUUGUUUCUCUAUUUAUAGUCAUGUUUCUGUUUCGUCACCCUUACAAAACACAAUCUGUGGGCAUAAUUUUGCCAUGCAAUUCACAUUUUUGUAUCCAUAUAUCCAGACAUCUCUUUACAACACUAACUAACAAAACACUAAAUGGAAAAGGACAGGUGUCAGAGAGUGAGAGGAGAUUAGGAGGUUCCACGAAUGUCCUUAAUAUCUAGGCCCUGGAUUUUUCUCCUACGUGAUAUGUGAUGUAACGCAAACGCGUUCUCUAUCUCCUUUUCCUCUUUAGCCCUUCGCGUUACUCUUCUUUUUACUAUUUUGCCAUCUGACCUCCGUACAAGUUCUGAAAGAUAUUUAAAACGACAUGUACACAGUACACAAAAGUCUGCCAGUUGAAUAUUCGUACGUGACAGAGAUUGUGUAUUAUUCUCCAAGGCCAGAGUUACAGGGCCAACGCAAAUCUUGGAAUGGUAAAAAGAAUAAAAAGAACAAUGGAAUUUUUUUUUGUGGGCAAUACUAAUCUAAAUAUAUGCAACAAUACAGCCUAUGCAUACAUUUUUUUUUUUUGGGUAAAACAGCCUAUGCAUACAUAUUUACGAAGAUUUCAUUUUAUGAUAUUUUCCACUUUUCUAACAACAAAUCUGAGAAAUUUAUGAUAGAUUGGAACUUAAGGUAGCUCAAACAGUGUACGAGCUAUUGCUAAUUAGUAACUAUUCAUAUAGAGAAGUAUUCAGAGUUCUGCUGUAAAUGUAAAAAUCACUAUUUUACAUGUUUUUUUUGUCUCUGACCCGAAAAAGAACUACUGCAUAUAUAGGUUUUGAAUUCUUUAGAGCAUCUUCAAUGAUAUUCUAUUUUUCAUUAUAAAAGAAUUUAGAAUAAACUCUAUUAUAUAAUUUUUUAAAAAAAAUAGAGUGUGAACCAUUGAAAAUGAUCUUAAUAAUACCAAACACAAAAACAUCUUAUCGAUUGUCAACAACUUUUCAUUAGAGAUACAUAAUUUGUAUCAAUCAGAUCAUAAGAGAGCAUACCAAGCGAGCACAGAUUUGUUUUCACUGACGAUAUUGACAACUUAAGGCAGCAUACUAUAUAAAAGUGACCAAUUAGUCUUCAACACAAAUUGUAAUUAAAAAAAAAUAGAAAAAGUCUUCAAUGCAAAUUUCAAAGGUCGAUCAAGAAAAAUAGUUUUUUUUUGAGUAUUUGCAGUGCAUAUACAAACAAAAUCCCUUAUUUUGCACGGAUGGAUUUUGAACUUUCUCGCUGAUGUGGUUUUUCUUAUUGUCAAUUCUGCCCUUAUUAUCUCUCAUCUCUCUCAACUUCUUUGUUUUCUCCGUCAGAAUCAACUCUCACAUCUCUCUUCUAAAUUUCUUUGUUUUCUCCGUCAGAAUAAUCUCUCACAUCUCUCCUCUCAAUUUCUUUGUUUUCUCUGCGGAACCAUCUCUUAUCUUCUCUCAAUCUAUUUGUUUUCUCUAUAGAAACUCUUUGUUUUCUCUGUAACCUUUCAUUGUCCCUGAUCACGUUCGUGAUUACGUUUACUACACCGUUUUCCGACUAAGAGAUCUCGAGAUCUCCAUCACAAACGUCACGUCGCCAACAGCUCCGUCAGCUUCACAUACUCUCAAUUCUCCUCCAUCAGAAACCAUGGCCACACUGCUUUCUCUCACUACAACAACAGAAUCAAGCCGUGAAUGAUCAGAUUUAAUAGCUAUGAGAUUUGAGGGUUUUUCUAAAAUUUUUGUUUUUUGACAAAGUUUUGAUUUUUAUGAAUUUUUUUAAUUUUGUUUUUUGGACUCUGAUCUUGUCCUUUGUGUCAAAAGUUUUAUAUUUUCUUCUUCGUCUUCUUAUGUAAUUAGAAUCACAUGAUGAUGAGUGAUUGCAUGGUGGAUACUGUCAAUGAUGAUUGCAUAUGUUUUAUGUCA